AUGCCGGUACCUUGUCGAGAUGAUGCUGCUGUGAUUGAACCUCCGUGGCUUCGCGCCGUAUCUCGGCGGAAUCGGCGCUCCAAUGCGACCGGACCUCCUUCCAUUCCUCGUCUUUCCACUUCACAGUGGUUACACGGUCUCUCUCAGUAUCCCGGGUUAAAUGACCUGAUAGAAGAGGAUGACUUAUCAGUACUUGCCAAGAAGUUUCGCUCUACUCGUGCUUACUUCAUUCAGUCCGAUACUGGACACCGAUUUCUCAACUCAUUGCUGUCGGAUUUGGACCGUGCUUUUCCAGCACUGGGGGCAGAAUCAAUUGAUGUGCUGUGUAUUGGUCUGGGUAACCCUGCCACUGAACGGGCGAGCUUACGUCAACUGGCUGUGCUUGACUUGUUGGUCGAGAGAGACACACGUCUAACCCGCUCACGUACACGUUUGUACGAUCCCGUAUUCAGGUCGGUUGCGCGUCAGUUUCUGCACGACCUAGGUAUGCAGGUAAGCAAGCACAUGUUUUAUGUUGUUUGGUCGUUCAUAUGCUGUUUGUGA